AGGAGGAGUAGCACAUGCGACCCAGCUGUAAGGGGGCCUGCAGAAACCAAAACAUUCAUUACAUUCCUGUUUAUUCCCAUGAGCCAGAGGCACUUCUGAAUGCUUCACUGACAGGCAACAUGGAGUUCCUGCAGUGGGAUUGUCAUGAAGUUGCAAGAUGGAUUGAGUCUUUAGGAUUCCCGCAAUACAAAGCCUGUUUCACAGAGAACUUCGUUACUGGAAGAAAACUCAUUUAUGUGAACUGUAUCUACCUGCCCAGACUUGGAAUCACAGAUUUCAAAGACAUGCAGGUCAUCUCUGCUGCUGUACGUGAGCUGCUGGGGAUCACAGAGACCCUGUGGAGUCGCAGCAUUGCCGACCCUCCGAGGGACUCUGUGGGCCUUUACCUGGAGCUGAAGAGCCGGACAGGUGUGCAGGCGGACAGACUCACCUACCAGCAGUUCCUGGAUGGCAGCCGUCAGUGACAGAGCGGCAGCCCAGUGUGAAUCACAACAGCAAAGGAAGCACAAAAAAAAAAAAAAUCAAGACAUGUCGGUGUCAUUUCAUACCGCCAACUGUCAGCUCAGGAUGACUCUGAUGAGACACUCACAGGAGGUCGCAGGCAGGCCUUGGCAUUCACACUUCCCACCACCAAAAUGCUAGUAUGUUGUAGCAGAAUCACUUAUUGUACCGGGUUUUUACUGCAGGCUGCUGGCGUGUGUUCAUUCUGAAAACCGCUUGAAGGGGAAAUGAAUUGAUGAAGAUCUCCUAACUGCUGGGUGACAAAGUGCAACAAGGUUUUAAUGCACUGAUGAGCCACAGCAUUAAAACCAUCCACUUAAUAACAUGUAGACCCUCUCGGCGCCACCAAAUCAGCUCUGACCUGCCGAUGUAUGGACAAGGGGCCUCUGGGGGAGUCCUGAGACAUCAGAAACGGAUCCUCAGGCUUGUUCUGGAGCAACCCCUGAAUGCUUGAUUGGAUUAGAGGAUCUGGGGAGUUUGGAGGCCAGACUCUGAGCUGUGUAUCUUGUUCCUUGAGUUAUUCCUGAGCAGUUUUUACCACUGACUGCACAUAAAUAUGGACAAACCCACCAUGUCAUCACCUAGAGGUUUCCUGAACAGCGGUAUGGAUGGAUGGAUGGAUGGAUGGAUGGAUGGAUGGAUGGAUGGAUGGAUGGAUAGAUAGAUGGAUAGAUGGAUGGAUGGAUAGAUGGAUAGAUGGAUAGAUACUUUAUUAUUCCUGAGGGAAAUUCAAACCUGUUUUUCUACCAUCCAAAAGAUGAUUGCAUAUGGGCAGGUAUGGAUCUCCUCCACCUUCUAGUAGCUCAGUGAGCCCAUAUUAUGCUAUUUAAUCGCAAUUGAGCAAUGAUUUGCUUGAAAAAGAGUCCACAGUUAAAGAUCGGAGGCGGUGCAAGAGGUAAGAUAGAACUUUAAUUGCAAAUUAAAUUCUUGAAGUAAAGGAGCCACCUUUACCCGGCAGGAAUGAGGUGUAGUCCCAUUUUAGACAAUAAUUACAGAUUUAUUUUUCAACUUAAGUCUUGUUUUGAGUUUCACUUACUGUGUUUCAGUCUGUGUUUGGCACCAAAAAUACUUGGCUAGUUUGAGAAAAGGAUCAUAAUUUGGGUUUAGACGGACUACAUUUAGUCUAGUGUUCACUUGUUCACACAACUGCAAAAGGUCAGCAACAUUAUUAGGGCUGUUUUCUGUAAUAGCACCUGAUCCAGACAAAAUAAUGUUUGGAUCAGGUGCCUACUGAUUCCCAGAUAAUCCAAAAUAAGCAAAUAUGUUGAAUCACGGACUGUCCCAUGAGUGACUACACUCAUAAUUAUCCAUAAUACAAUUUAAACAGUUGAGUUAUAAAAAAAUCAAUGGUCAUGAAUAAUUCAAUUAGCUAUAGAGACCAAAACGAUUGUUUGUGCCAGGUUGUAAACAUGUUUAUCUCUGCUGUAGAGUUGUACAUUUUAACAUAAAGGUCUAUGGGGACUGACUCACUUUUGGGGGCAGCCUCAAGUGGACAUCUGAGGAACUGCAGUUUUUUGUACCCAAAGCUAUUCCCAGCAGAACAUUGUACUGAAAUGAGAUAAUCAAUGUUAUUCACUGUUAUUUAGGCUUUAUAUUGUGGUUAACUGAUGUACAUGUGUGUCACUUUGUGCACAACAACAACAUACGGUCAUCUGUUCACAGAUUA